UCCAGAGGCGGCGGAGCAGCCCGGGCGGGAGGUCACACACGGCGCGGGGACAGCGGCGUCUGAGGGACAUCAGCCCUUGGCAGACAAUGCUGGCGGGACCCCAGGCCACCAGGACAGGUCUUUGAUACCUUCUGCCAGCAAAGCCAACUCGCACAAAGAGUUUACGAUGCUGAGCAACAUUUCUGAAUGUCACCUCUAUGAGGAAAUGGAACCUUUUACCUAUUUUUACUACUUGAUUUUUCUUACGGGAAUUAUUGGAAGCUGUUUCGCACUGUGGGCAUUCACACAGAAGGACCAGAAACAGGAGUGCUUGAGCAUCUACCUAAUCAACCUCCUCACUGCAGAUUUCUUGCUGAUUUUGACUUUGCCGGUGAAGAUUAUUGUUGACCUAGGAAUUGCGUCCUGGAAUCUGAGAAUAUUCCACUGCCAAGUCACGGCCUGCUUCAUCUACCUGAACAUGUAUUUAUCCAUCAUAUUUUUGGGGUUCGUGAGCCUGGAUCGCUGCCUCCAGCUGAUGCACAGCUCUAAGAUCUACCGCAUCCAGGAGCCCGGCUUUGCCAAGAUGUUGUCUGCGGUGGUGUGGGUCACGGUUCUCCUCAUCACCGUGCCCAACAUGGCCAUCCCCAUACAACACGUCCAAGAAAGGCCCGGCAUAGGGUGCAUCGACUUCAAAACAAAGUUUGGGAGGGACUGGCACGUGUUCACCAAUUUCAUCUGCACGGCCAUCUUCCUGAAUUUCUCGGCGGUGAUGCUGGUCUCCAACCUCCUGGCCGCCAGGCAGCUGCGGCGGCACGGGCGCGGGGAGCGCUCGGGCGGCGUGCGGCGGGCGCUGCGGCACAUCCUGCUGCUGACGGCCGCCUACCUGCUGUGCUUCGUGCCCUACCACGCCGUGCGCAUCCCCUACACGCUGAGCCAGGGCAGCGCCAGCGCCGGCUGCGCCCUCAAACGCGCCCUCUUCAAAGCCAAGGAGUCCACGCUGCUGUUUGCCGUCUCAAACCUCUGCCUCGACCCCAUUCUCUACUACCACCUCUCCAGAUCCUUCCGGCUGAAGUUCGCCGAGGCGUUCGCAGCCCCCAGGGGGGCGAAGGCGCUGACGGCCGCGGAGGAGCAGCAGGGAGGGCACAGAUCACAUCAUCGGCAGAGGUCCCUGACCUGUUCCAUGAUGCUGCGAUCCCACGAGCAUCAGCAGACUGCUGGUACCAGCAGCAGGACGUCGCUGUGCAACCCCCAGAGACACUGA